AUGCCGCGCCCCAAGUCUUUGAAAACUCUCUUUUUAGAGACUGUCUUAUUCAUAAGCUUAUUCGCCAUGGUCGGUCAUCUAUCUGUCAACUUCUGGGAACGAUACGUGAUACAGACGGAGCUAUCGAAGAUGAAGACCAGUCUACAUUCACUAAAGGAAACCAUAAACCACAUAGGAAUCGCGUACGACAAUCUACACAAAGAACUGAAAGAUUUAGCAGAAAUAGCGGAAAAGAAUCCAGUGAAACAAGCAAUACAGCGGAAGGCUCCCGACAAGCCCGAACGUAAGAGCCAAUCUAACUUAGCUCAAGCAAUACUGCAUGAUAUACAGCUGCAAGCGGCAAUGGCUACACACGAGAUGAAAAUCGGCGCCGUACCUUCAACCGACAACCAAAACACUCAAAAAUCUUUACAUGACUACAAAAUUGAUAAAAAUGCUUCAACAUGGACAAAGACUUUAACUAAGAAGUUUAAUGAAGAUUUUGAGAAACCCUUUGAGUGCUACUAA